GGACAGCAAGGUGAAGGGCUUCGAGCCUUUUCCAGGUCUUCCAACGUUUUCGACGCAAGAGCAGCUCUUGCCGCAUUUGCAUUCUCUAAAUGUAAGUGGGUGCCCUCUCAAUGGCCAUGUUGAGAAUUUACUUCUGCCACUGGCGGGCAGUGGGCUUGCGAUGAUUGCGGCUUCAGGCUGUGGCCUUUCAGGAGCAGUACCAGACAUAAGAUCCAUGGCGGCCGUGGUGGAUAAGCUGACUUAUGGAACAUGGCUGAGCAAUCUGGCUAAGACCCUACAAGUUCUGGACCUUUCCCACAAUCGCAUUGGCUCGCUGGCAUCCUUGCCAGCGACGCUACGCAUGGACCUUAGCCACAAUGCAGCGCCCCUCUUAGUCAUGGAGUCCGUAUUCGUGGAUGCUGUCCGAGAUCGAGUCGAUCUUUGGUUUGUUGACACUCAGUUGUCAAACGCCAAUGACAUGCAGAAGCUGAUGUCCGCGGAGCUCAAGCUGCAGAAGGACUACUCCCGAAUCAGAGAUGGCUUCGCAUGUCAAGAAUUUCAAGAGCCGGUGCUGCAGGUCACGCCGGAGCUCUUCAUGCCCGAGCAGAUGUGUGCAUGCCGUGCGGGUUACAUGGGAUCGGCCACCAACUGCUCCCCCUGCCUCGAAAACACCUACGCAAGCGACCUGAACUCUCCAUCAUGCCUCCCAUGUCCACCGCACAGCAAAGCCCCGAGCGCCUCCACCUCCCCAGCCGCCUGCGCAUGCGAGUUUGGUACCGUCCAGAACAGCUCGGGCACAUUGAGCUGCCAAUGUCCUGAGGACAAAGCAUUGGUGAACUCGCAAGCAGGGGCUGAACACUGCGCUUCGUGCCAGGCUCUUCACUUGCUUUGCCCCGCUGGAAGCAAGGCGAGCACGGCAAAAGUGCUCCAAGGCUAUGCACGGCUGCAGGAGCCCUCGGAGAAGGUCUACAAAUGCUUGGAGGCUGCGCGGUGCACGAGCUCAGGGUGUGCAGAAGGAUAUUUUGGCAGACUUUGCACCGACUGCGAACCGGGACACCGGGCCCACGGUGGGCGGUGCAUACCAUGCACAGAGAUUCGGAACAUCUCACCGGCGUGGUUGGUCUUUUUGGGAUUAUGCGCUACUGCCAUGGCACUGCUAGUUGGUGCUGCUGCGUGGGCUGUCAGGCGUUCCUUCCAUUCCGACCUUCGUUGGACGUGUGCGGCGCAGCUGGUCCUACCGCAGCUGGCUGUCCUCCUGCAGCUGGUGCAACUGUGGUCGGCCUUGGGACCUUUGAGGCGCUUCGUCAACGGCGAAGAGGAGGAGCAAAGUGACGCAUGGCUAGCGUGCCUGGAGAUGUCGCAGCUCACUGCCAGUGAACUCCAAAGGCUCGUGGCUUUGCAGUGCCGCUUGGACGGCGCCUGGGUGCGUUCGCUCUUCGCCAUCGCCACGCCCGUGGUUCCACUGGCCAUGCUGCUCGGAUGCUGCUUCAUCGAGAUCCUUUCGCGAGGCACCGGAAUCCAGAUUGGCUUGAAAGUCUUGACGGUGCUCUUCAUCGGCGGUGCUGCUGGCUCUGCGCAGCUGCUGGGAUGCCAACGGACGGACGGCACAGGUCAAGCGCCCUUGGAGUCCUGGGCCUUUCGACCGCUCUUUCCGCAGCUGCUGUGCUCGGAAGCAGCAUGGGUGGAUUGGCUUGGUGGAGCAUGUGGCGUUUGCUAUGGAGUCUUAAUACCUUGCUUCCUCGCUUUCCUCUUUGCCAAACAACACUUGCUGAUGCUUCCGAGUAAGACCUUCACAGUGUCCUGUGUCGGUGGCCCAGAGAGGGUGACCUUAAAGCUGCAAGACCUGAACGACAAGGAAGGCGUCAAGGAAGAGGCGAAGAAGAAGAUUUUGGUGGCCGCCGCUGCAGCCUAUGUGGCUGUGCAUGUGAAGAAGCGACAUGCGGUCGUGGAUCUGGAUGAGGAUGCUGCGACUGUGAGUCUUGUCGAGGAUGCAGAGAGGGUCGAUGAGUAUGACGAUGCUGACGUUGGUUUGUCCGUGGAUACUUUGGUGCUGCAAGCAGGACAUGAUGCAUCUGCGCUCCGCCAAGCAGAGAUCGUGCGCUACCAUGCCAUGUUGCGCAUGCUCACGGAGCGGAGCAUCCUCGCAGGCAUCGAAGCGGCGCGGUCGGAUCGUCUCAUGUUGGGCGCGAAGCAGCUGCUCUGCAAGUAUGGCAGCUGCCAGUUUGUUUGGCUGGAAGUCUGCUCGAAGUUGGCCUCAGCUGCCCUGGUUUCCGUCGUGAGCUCCAAAGAUGGUCUUUGGCUAUCAGUGGCCAUCACCCUGGGCAUGGCGCUGAUCAUUGGCACCGCCCGGCCCUUUGUGCAGCCGCAGGUGAACGUCCUCCAGACCACGUCCUUCGCAUGCUUGGCUCUGGCGGCCUUGGGUUUCCGCUUCUGUACUUGGCUCUCACGUGUCGCGCUGGCUGUGCCGGUGCUGCUGCUAGUGCUCUCCAUGCUGCGGCCGGACUCGCAGGAGGCCUUGGCGCUGAGGCUCCACAAGGAAUUGGAGGAGAAGCUUCCCAGCGGCCCCGUGAAGGUUUCAGCCGAACAAGCGCAAUUCCUCUAGGAGGGGAGCUCGGUGGCCGGAGAGCGAAGAUCGCGGAGCUCGGUGUUUUGCAGAGCUCGGUGCAUCUUUGCCCCCCCCCAGUUUGUCCAUUUGCUCACGGGAGUGGUUCGUAUUUCAGGUAAUUAACUAGUUGUGUGGUGAAGGCCAAUCGAACCAACUCAGACCUAGUGAGAUGUGGUGAGAUAGGAAGAUGUGUGCCAAAGGCACUCGCAGGGUUUCUUGCGAUUUCUUGCGGAUUGUCCCGGAGAACGAGCACACAUCACCUACGCGGCGGAUGCGUUCCGAGCCGGGAGAAGGAGUGGCAAGGAGCCUG